CUUUGUUGAUUUAUAAGUCAAUACUGAUAUCCGAGACGUAACUAAGUCCGAUCGUUACCAAUUUAUGCAACAUUUGUCUAUCGGGCUUUGGGAGUUGGCUUCUUGGAUCUCCCGUCAUACCCUCAGUAAUGGCGACAUCCCACGGCGUAUAAGUCGACCCGGACGGGCCGGAGCCCACCUCAUAACGUAGAAGAACGGUGCACUCCCGCCGCAAAGGAGCCCUGUAGAUCCGUAGGAAGAGUAAACAUGGCCGAGCAACAGCAACAGAAGAAACAGCUUCACCUAGGCGCUUUCAUGCGUCCGGUGAGCUUGCAUACAGGAGCAUGGCGAUAUCCAGGCGCCUAUCCGGAUGCCAACUUCAACUUCCAGCACAUUAAGUCGUUUGCGCAGAAGUUGGAAGCCGCUAAGUUCGACGCAUUCUUCAUGGCCGAUCAUCUAGCCGUAUUGAACAUGCCGAUCGAGGCGCUCCGACGUAGCCACACAGUCACGUCGUUUGAGCCGUUCACUUUGUUAUCAAGUCUAGCCGCAGUGACCGAGCACAUCGGCCUCGUCGCUACGGCCUCGACGACGUACGAUGCACCUUACCACAUCGCAAGGCGGUUUGCGUCGCUCGACCACCUGAGCGGAGGCCGCGCCGGCUGGAAUAUUGUCACAACCGCUAAUCCAGACUCGGCACUCAACUUCGGUCAGGAUGCGCACAAGGAACACAGUCAACGCUACGCUCGGGCCCGCGAGUUUUACGAUGUGGUGACGGGGCUCUGGGACAGCUUCGCCGACGACGCUUUUGUGCGUGAUGUCGAAAGCGGCAUCUUCUUCAAUCCCGAGCGUCUACACGUUCUCGAUCAUCACGGAGCCGAACUACACGUCAAGGGUCCACUAAACAUCGCGCGACCACCGCAGGGAUGGCCGGUAAUCGUGCAAGCCGGCGCAUCGGAACCGGGGAAACAGCUCGCUGCCGAGACGGCUGAGGUAGUGUUUUGCGCACCGCGAAAUCUGGAGGCGGGCAAGGAGUUCUUCAAGGACGUGAAGGGGCGGCUUGCCGCUGUAGGCCGUGCCCCUGAUGAUAUAAAGCUACUACCCGCCGCGUUUAUAGUCAUCGGUGAUACAGUCGAAGAAGCCCAAGCCAAACGGUUGAAGUUGGAUAGUCUUGUGCACUAUGAGAGUUCUAUCGCUUCGCUCUCUAUUGUGCUUGGCUGCGACGUCACCAACUUUGAUCCAGACGGCCCACUACCGACGGAGCUUCCGGAGACCAACGCAAGCAAGUCAAGUCGUGAGGGUGUGGUAAAGCUCGCAGCGACCGAAGGUCUUACCGUCCGCCAACUCGCACAGAGAUAUGGAGGAUAUUCCGGUCUGGCAUUUGUCGGAACGGUCCAGACGGUGGCCGAUGAGAUGGAGCAGUGGCUUAUACAAGAGGGUUCAGACGGCUUUAAUGUUGUUUUCCCCUUCUUACCGCAGGGCCUUGAUGAUGUAGUUGAGUGCUUGAUCCCAGAGCUGCAGCGGCGAGGCAUCUUCCGUAAGGAUUACGAGGGGACAACUCUGCGGGAGCACUUAGGUCUCAAGCGCCCAAAGAACAAGUUUUUCCCCUAAUAUAGGAGUAUCCCAUUAGUUAAUAAUCGUAGCCACGCUUCAUGUACGACGAAUGAUUUAGUUAUAAUGAUAUAGGUUCGAUGAAAAUAUAUAAGACUUCUUAUUAGAAA